CAGCAGCGCCCCUCAUAGGUCUGUAGCUGGUACUGCACUCAUCCCUUCACUGAUUACCAAUCGACUACACCUGGUCCCCAAACUGAAGGAGGUUCCUCUGCAGUGCAGGACAUGUCGGCUGACGGAACACGAAAAAAAGCCUUCAAACCCAAAAGGUGAAGCUGCCCAGAAAAGGCGACCCUGGACACAGAAAGAGGUGAAGGCUGUCGAGAAGCACAGGAAGCCAUUCAUCCCUUCUGAUUUGAAAAUGGCGGCCUCGGUGUUUCCCGGCGUCAGGCUCCUGUCCAUCGGAGACGCGAAUGGAGACAUACAGCGACACUCAGAACAGCAGCCUCUGCGGCUGGAAGUCAAAACUACACAAGACGCUGCUUUAAUCAACCUAUCAAAUGAAGAGACAAGUGUUUUCAAGUGUUCGGUUUCUCGGGAGACGGAGUGCAGCAGAGUGGGCAAGCAGUCGUUCAUCAUCACGCUGGGCUGCAACAGCGUCCUGAUUCAAUUCUCCUCACCUGGAGACUUUCAGUCCUUUUAUAACCUCUUGAAGAACUGUCGUGGGCAUCUUAGUGAGCACUCGGUCUUCAGUGACAGAACAGAGGAAUCAUCUGCUGUGCAGUACUUCCAGUUUUAUGGCUACCUCUCACAACAACAAAACAUGAUGCAGGACUACGUCCGUACAGGGACCUAUCAACGGGCUAUUUUGCAGAACCACGCUGACUUCAAGGACAAGAUUGUGCUAGAUGUUGGCUGUGGUUCUGGGAUACUAUCUUUUUUUGCCGCCCAGGCUGGAGCCAGAAAAGUUUAUGCUGUAGAGGCAAGCACAAUGGCUCAGCACGCUGAGGUGCUGGUUAACAGUAAUCGUCUUGGAGAGCAUGUAAUUGUUAUACCAGGAAAGGUGGAGGAGGUGACACUCCCUGAACAGGUUGACAUCAUCAUAUCGGAGCCAAUGGGCUACAUGCUGUUCAAUGAGCGCAUGCUGGAGAGCUACUUGCAUGCCAAGAAGUUCCUCAAACCGAAUGGUAAAAUGUUUCCCACUCUUGGGGAUGUUCACCUUGCCCCCUUCACAGACGAACAGCUGUACAUGGAGCAAUUCACAAAAGCCAACUUUUGGUACCAGCCUUCCUUCCACGGUGUAGACCUCUCUGCCUUGCGGGGAGCAGCAGUCGAUGAGUAUUUCCGCCAGCCAAUUGUGGACACAUUUGAUAUCCGUAUUCUGAUGGCAAAGUCAGUGAAAUACACAGUCAACUUCCUAGAGGCCAAAGAGGAGGAUCUUUACAGGAUAGAGAUCCCAUUUAAGUUCCACAUGUUGCACUCAGGUCUUGUGCAUGGUCUGGCUUUCUGGUUUGAUGUGGCAUUUAUGGGAUCAGCUAUGACAGUAUGGCUGUCUACUGCACCCACAGAGCCUCUUACCCACUGGUACCAGGUACGCUGUUUGCUGCAGUCUCCUCUUUUCACCAAGGCUGGGGAUACACUGUCCGGCACCGCGCUACUAGUGGCCAACAAACGACAAAGUUACGACAUCAGUAUUGUUGCCCAGGUGGACCAGACUGGUUCAAAGUCCAGUAAUCUCUUGGAUUUAAAGAACCCCUUUUUCAGGUACACAGGUACAAGUCCCAACCCGCCUCCUGGGUCACAUUACAACUCCCCAUCAGAGAAUAUCUGGAACACAGGUGUAGGCUACGGCAUGAAUCAAGGGAUGCCUUCAGGAAUGCCGACAGCUUAUGACCUGAGCACAGUCAUCGGCAGUGGUCCAUCAGUCUCUCACAACAACCUUAUCCCCCUAGUCAACACAGGUAUUGUGAACCACACCCACUCCAGGAUGGGCUCCAUCAUGAGCACAGGAAUUGUCCAGGGAGCCACAGCAGGCCAGUCAGGUCCCAGUAGCAGUGGUAAUUACUAUCCGGUCACCAACCAGUUCACCAUGGGGGGUGCUGCAAUCUCUAUGGCAUCUCCAAUGGUCAUACCUAGCAACACCAUGCAUUAUGGCAGUUAGGAUGAAGACUUUGCAAAGACCCCUUUAACUUGCCCACCUCUGCAUGACAAACAAUUGCCUGUAAAAAAAAAAAAAAAACUUAGCCCUCACCUGUCCUAAGCCGUAAUUGAUCCAUGGACCAUAGCCAAUACCAAAACUAGUGCUCUCUGGGCACUCCUCUCCUUGUUUAAACAUCUUAAUUAUAUUUUGUCUAUCAAUUAUUGUACAUUCAAGCACUCAUAUCCGUCCAGACUCAUUGUAACAAUGGCUAAAACGUCCUUGUUUCUACGAAUCCUAAGGGCCGUUGCACACUGAUGCACUGUUUAGGUGCAGCAUUUGUAUUCUCUCCACCUCUUGCCAUCCAGCGCAACACUUUCUCCAUAUUGUCACAACUUGCCUCUUGUUUCUCUCGUGAUCAUGGUUAUCAGAAGUGAAUUCAACACCAGCUGCUGGGUUCUAAUGACGGUUCUUUAUUGCAUCAUGAGCUACACUUGGCCUUAGAUAACAUCACAUCAUCUAAGCCAUGACAGAUUGGCCCAACGCCUCUGUAUAUGCGUAUACAUGGCAUGGUAUUCCGCAGUAUACACAGUUCUUCUUUUAAUAAUUCAAUGAAUUAUUUACUUUUCAUCACCCAAUGUUCGGUUACCCUUGUGUUUAAAUUUCCAAUCCUUGAUAAAGUCAUGAUGUACCCCACAAUACCUUAGACGUUGCUUAACGUCUACGCUGAGCCAUGACAUAAAUAUGCACCUACUAUUGUCGUUUGUUUGCUGUAGAUUGUUUUCCAGCCCUUCCUUCUUGGCUUUAGCAUGCACUCCCCUUGACUGAAUGCAGGCGCCAUGCAAGGAUAUUGAUUUAAGGGAUUAAAAUCCCUGUUUGCAAUAUCCUGUCCUGCUUCAAAGGGUUAUAAUUUGUAAUUAUUGUAGUUUUUACAGAAGUUGGUAUUUUCGAUCCUUUGUUGGUGAAAAAGUAUUGAGACACUCGGGAUUUCUCAAAUCACCCCAACGUGUGGGUUGUGUUUAUAGGGCUUCAUUCAUCACAGAUGGAUGUGGUGUCACAGUGUGGUCUCCAAAAAUCCUGUUGCUACGUUGGUUUGACUACGAGCAAAAAAAUAAAGUGAAGCUUUACUCAGCACAGUGACAGUGGAGGAAAUAAUUAUUUAAUACCCAGCUUUAGAACCCAAAUAAAGACAUGAACAGUUGAUAAUUUUUGGUAGCAUAAUUUUAACAAAAAUUCAAAAAGUCCAGAAAAAUUAAGGUUAUUUAUUACUUUGUAUUUGAUUCAGUGAAAUAUAUAUUUAUUUUUUUUACCAUAGUAAAACAUGGUAGAGAAACUUUUUGCUAAGUUCAGAGGUCCGAUGAUUUACGUAGUUGGUAAUCGUUGUGCACGUAACCUGUAACCGCCACAAAACGGCACCGCCAUCUGCCGGCCGCCAAUCCCCUUCGCCAUGCUGUUGCAGCUCCGCGGUGCAGCAAAAUAGCGUGGACUUUUACAAGAUCUCACGAAUACGCUUAAAAUCACGUGUUAAGUAAACACUGUGGAUUAACUCAAGCCUUGCCGUCCAUCAAUACCCACACCCUCUUGACGUGAUUCAUGAAAAAGAGAACAAUUUUGCCUUGCAGAAUGAAACUUUGUUUUUGGUAGCAAGCAACAACAACACAACAAGAACUUCAUCUCUGGCGUGCAUUAUACACACAUUUUAUUCCCCCCCCAUAUCAGCUGGUAUUUGACAAGGGCCCCCAUAUAGCUACCCGGAAUAUAAGUUUGGACCUCCAGAAUCGGCAUGUCUUCAUCCAUUUGCGUCAACGAAGUUAAAUUACAUAUGAAAAGCUUUUGACAAGUCCCCACCCAUUAGGACGUUUAUAAGUGUAAAACAUGGACUAUUUUAUUUUGAAAGUCUACCUUAUAAUUUAUUUUGUAUUCAAGCAUUACUUCUUGUACAAAACUAGCAUAACUAGGAAGGAUGCAAAACGUCACCGCCAUUACGGUGCCAAACUGCAGGCGGUGGAAAUGGACACACUGACUUCAAUAAAAACGUAAAUAGUCGGCCACUGUGGCGAUGACGUUCCACAGCCGUUUCUCAUCUUAUGGAGAUCAGGGAUUAUAAUUUCAUCUUUCCGUAGGUUUUCUAUGGAAAUAUGGUAAGGGAGGGAGGGGUACUCCACUGCAGCAUCUUAAUGUGCUUCUUCUUGGGCCACUCUUUUGUUUCCUUGGUCUUACUUUUUUUGGUUAUUGCUGUGCUGCUUCCACAACCUUGGGCGUUUAGAGCACAAUAUUUCCACCUGCAUGUUACACACUAGGGAUGUUCUUUCCCGCAUUGCUCUCCUUCCAAAUGUCGGGUUGAUGCAAAAGAGCUCAAUUUUGGUCUCAUCUGAUUACAUUCUCCCAGGCCUUCUUUAAAUUAUUCAGAUGUUCAUUGGCAAACAGACCGGUCUGGGCCUGUUCCUUCUUGAACAAGUGACCUUGCGGGUCAGCAGGAUCCCAGUCCAUUACAGUGAAUUGUUUGACCAUAUUUUCUUUGGCAAAUAUCGUCCCAACUCUCUUGACAUCAAGUGUAUUUUUUAUUUUUUUAAUAACUGUACAAUGGUACCUCGCCUUUUGUUAGUAAUAUGUUCAAAAAGACCAAAUUGUACGAACAUACAAGCAAUUUUUCACAAUUCCCAUAUCCAAUUUGGGAAUUCAAAGCAUUUAGAAUUCUUCACUUUUUCAACAUUUUCUUUAAUUACAGCCUUAUUCCAAAGUCCAAUAAUUAUUUUUUGUCCUUAAAAUAUACACACAAUACCCCCGUAAUGACAAUGUGAAAAGUUUUUUAAUUUUAUUUAGCAAAAUUAUAACAAUAAAAAUCACACGUACAUAAGUAUUCACAGCUUUUGCUUAACACUUUCUUGAUGCACCUUUGGCAGCAAGUACAGUCUCAAGUCUUUUUGGAUACGAUGCCAUAGGCUUGGCACACAUCAUUGGGCAGUUUCACCCAUUCCUCUUUUAAAGCACCUCUCAAGCUUCAUCAGGGUGGAGGAGAAGUGUUUAUUUUCAUCCAGUAUGUCUCUGUGCUUUACUGCAUUUAUCUUUCCCUCCAUUCUGACUAGUUUCCCUGUUCCUGCCCCUGAAAAACAUCCCCACAGCAUGAUGCUGCCACCACCAUGCUUCACUGUCGGGAUGGUAUAGGCCUGGUAAUGAGCGGUGCCUGGUUUCCUUCAAACAUGAUGCCUGGCAUUCGUGCCAAAGAGUUCAAUCUUUCUCUCUUGUGUCUAAUGUUCUGAGCAUUUUUUAGUACAUAUUGGAAAACUACUAAGAAAUGUUUUCCGUCUGGCCACUCUACCAUACAUGCCUGAUUACUGAAUUGCUGCAGAGAUGGUUAUCCUUCUGGAAGGUUCUCCUCUCUCCACAGAGGAAUGUUGUAGUUCUGAAAGAGUGACCACCGGGUUCUUGGUCACCUCCCUGAUUAGACUAAGAUGAAUGCAGCAAUGUUCAGAGACAUCCUGGAUGAAAACCAAUGCUUCACCUCCAACUUCAUUGAGUUUGAGAGGUGCUGCAAAUAGGAAUGGGCCCAAUUUCCCGAAGAUAGGUGUGCUAAAAGCUUGUGACUUUCGUAUUUUUUAAAAUACUUUAGGCUGUAUUUUACGCCUAAUGUACUUCAACAAAGUAUUGAGCAAAGGCUAUGAAUACUUAUGUAUAUGUGUUUUUUUUGUAAAUACAUAAUUUCCUUUUCCUUUUUGGAAUAAUGCUGUAACAUAACAAAAUGUGAAACAAGAAGCGUUGCAAAUACCGGUACUUUUUUGGAUGCACUGCACAUUCUGAAAACAUUGUGAAACAUAGAAAAAGAUACAUGAAAUGGUUAAAUCAACCUUUUAACGCCACUUGGAUCUUUUAUUGAUCAUUUUUCCUGGCAAAAAUAACAAUGGGAAGGGACUUUACAAUGAGAUCUUUCUUGAAUUCACUAAUGUUUUUCACUUUUAUCAAAGCGCUGUCAGUCUUUCUUUGGUCCCAUGGUGGCUUAUUUUGCAGCCAUACUCUAUUAUAAAAAGCUCAUAGACUGUAGUUCUACAGACUUGACCAGUGAUGGUGUCAGAGGAGCUCAAGAGCUAAGGAUAAAUGACUUUCAGAUGGAGAGUUGCAAACACAGGCACGUUUGUAGCAAAUAUGUUACAAACACUCUUAAGCAGUGUAUUAAUAACACAAAUAGACUGAGUUGCCAACUUAUGAGGUUCUUUGUUUCGGCAUUUGAGUCUGAAGAAUAUGUGGGCAAGGAGACUAGCUUGCCAAAGAUAACCGAUAUGAUAUAUAAAAACUGGGGCAAAGAAUUUAAUCCCAAGAAAAUAAUGGAUGUCAUUCAUCCAGGUCAUCGUUAUCUCGGGACAUUCAGUCGAUCGCGACUGGAUUGUUUGGUUUGCCUUUAAAGACGUUUUUCUUCUAAUCUGAGUAGGCUUCAUCAGUGCAUGGUCUUAGACUUCGAUUGGUCUGAUCUACAUCAGAUUUAAUCAAUCCAAGUCUAUGAGCAUGGCAAGGUGAAGUCCACCACUCAGAUGAGAGGCGAAAUGUCUUCGAAGACAAACCAAACAAUACAGUUGCGAUCGAUUAUAUGCCCUAAAAUCAUGACGAUUAUGAAAAUCGAGGUAUCACUGUAUUACGUGUGUUGCAAAGAGUUCAUUUGACUACUCUGCUAAAUUUGAUGAGAUCAUAUCACAACGGCAAAACAUCUUAGAUGUUCAACAUCACCAGUGGAGUCAAAUAGGGCUGUGACAUUAUUUUUUCUAUACUGAUCAAGCACACCGUCGAAACAGCCACAUGGAGCAUUUAUCCUCGCACCAGAUCUGACGGAAACCUUUUCAACCUCUCCCGACUCGGAGCCAACUCUAAAGUCCAGAUGAGACUUCUGCGGGAUCUUCUUUUUGCAGACGAGGUUUUGCAGCUGUUUGAACUUCUUUUGCUAUACCGUGCAAUUUCUUUGGCGAAACUUUCAGCCUAAAGAGGACCCAGAUGAUGGUAUAAGCCACCUGCUGUAAACAUUGUGGACUAUUGAAAUGGACGCAGUGUGUUUGUGUAUCAGGGCUCGACAGUUGAUAACCCUCUUCCUUGAUAGUUGAGUGGAACGAACGAAUCUGGAAGGCGGCAGCAAGGCUGACUAGGAAUGUCUGGACAACUGAAAAGCUCACUGAGCACAUCAAGUCCAUACCAUAUGGAAGUUAAACAUGGACUCUGCGUAUUUGACAUGAAUAUCUAGGUAGGCAGUGGCUACUGACAGAUCCGAUAGGACUAAUUGGUGUGCUUCUUGGACUAUUGGUUAGUGAAAGUUAAAUACCUAUUUCUUAUAAGCAAAUACAUACUAAUUUAUACCUCUUAUUUUUGGUAUUUUGCUAUGUUAAAAUAAACCUACCACUGAAAUUAUAAACUGGUUAUGUCUGUGUAAGUGGGCAAACUUACAAAAUCAGCAGAAAAACAAAUCAUUGUUUCCUCCACUUUUUCCCAAUUAUGUUUUAUACUGGUUUUACUUGAAUUAAUUCAUGUAUCCUGUUUAUUUAACGGGCAGUAGCCAACUGUUGAUCAGGUAAUUAUUCCACUUUUUAGCAGGUUUUAGACCAUCAGACAAGUUGAACUGUACAAUAAAAUGUGUCACACAUGUUUUACAUGGCUAAACAAGGUGAGGUCAUAAGUCUGGUACCGUUGACCCUGCCAAGACUCCGCUGCAUUAUUUUGGUUCGAGUUACUUUUUUUGCUUCCAUUUAUUAUUUGUUGUGUUACGUCCUUGGGGGGGAAACGGUGAUGCUGCACAUGUUCAAUGCAAAUCCAAUAAACACUUGUUUUUUUAGAAAAUAAA